GGUACUUCAAUCGUGGUGAGAUCAGGCUGAAAAUUUAAACACUAGGACCAUUGCUUUCCGGCUCUGGCGGUCGCAUAUCUAGUACCCGUUGCUGCUAACAAAAUUCAUAAACAAAAAACAUUGAAACAAAAAAAACCUAACGUACUUUUUCUAGUUAUUCAAUAGUCACCGGUAAAACGGAAUUUAUAGCCCUGUCAUCCCACAACGUAAAUUCAAAGUAGUUGUAACCUGGAAGACUCGUGCCUUGGACGGAGCCCGUGUUUCGCCAGUGUUGUGAGGUUAUCCCGCCCCAGUCACGCCCCAGUCUUUAUUCUAGUGUGGAGGAAUUCCGUGAGAAGGCCGCAGAGACUGGGGCUCGGAGAAAUAAAAUAUGGCGGACAAUCUGACUCGCUGUGCAUGUGACACAAGGAAUUGCAGUUGGUCGUGAAUGGAUCUUUGCGAUCCCGUAAGCAUUAUUUUGGUAACAGCUGGCAGUAGAGGGCAGAGUCUGUUAUUUCGUUAUCCAUUUCUACCACCAUGCCAGACGGAGCGAAGAGAAAAAGAAAUUCCCAAGAAUCGCUUUGCGUUGGGUAAAGUGGAAGAAAAUACUGAUACAAGAAAUUUUUCUGGUAUUAAAGACGGCCACCUGAUUGGUUUCUCAGACAGCACACUAGCAAACAUAUUGUCGCCCAAGUCUGAUGCCUGUGGCACCAAAUUUGAGUUGAAAGUUGAUGAGGUGCUGUUUGUGGGCCAUCCAACCCUGGCACAUGAAAGACAUGACCAUGAAUUCAAGAGAAAUGAUUCCUCAUCAAGGAAAGAUGAUGUGAUAAUGAAGCUCUUCAAUGUUGUCUUUGUUCUUCAGGCAAGUGUGGAACCAUCUGUGGUUCACUGCUAUCAUGACUUGUCAAAGAGAAUAGCAAUUGCCCUAAAACACGAAGAAAUAAGGUGCAGGUAUCUGAGCUCUGAAAGGGAAACUAUGCUUUCUGUACAUGAUGAAAUGUCAUCAAUGCCAGAAGAUUGUGCAGAAUCACCAUUUCAACACAUCCUUCCUAAAAGCAAGCUGGCAAGAGACUUACAAGAUGUAUUCAAAAGCUUGUGUGCUACUGGAUCUGUGCGCCUUAAAAUCAAUGGCUGGGUGAACGUAAGCUUCUGUCUUCCUCACAAAGUUCACAACUUGAACCAGGGAUCAAUUCACAUUAAGCCCGAAACCAUACAUAAGUCACUUGCGGCCAUCAGGCCGUACCACACGCUUCUAUUUCUAGUGAAUGAAGGAUACCUGGUAGACUCCCUCCCUGGGGAUUGUUCCCCAGCAGUCACUAGGCUUGUAAGAAUGGCCAGUCCGCUCAAGAGCUUUCAAACAUUAUCACAGGAUACCGAUAUUCCACUAUCUCAGGUGUUUGCCAUCGCAGCUCAUCUGGUGUACUGGGGAAUGGCGACGAUCAUUUACCCUCUCUGCGAGAGUAACGUGUAUGUCGUCGCACCAGACUCCUCCACUAGCAUGUAUGUUGACAAUAUAUGGCUCUUUAUACUUAUUCUAUUCGCUAGUUCGGUCGCUCGAACGUGUUUGCCUGCAUUUGUUAGUGCUUGUGUUCGUUCAUUGGUUCGUUCUUUCGUUCGUUCGUUAUGUUACGUUACGUUCGGUCGGUCGACAUUGAUUAAGUGUAACCCAACCAAUUUUAUUAUAACAGAUUGUGCAGAAUCACCAUUUCAACACAUCCUUCCUAAAAGCAAGCUGGCAAGAGACUUACAAGAUGUAUUCAAAAGCUUGUGUGCUACUGGAUCUGUGCGCCUUAAAAUCAAUGGCUGGGUGAACGUAAGCUUCUGUCUUCCUCACAAAGUUCACAACUUGAACCAGGGAUCAAUUCACAUUAAGCCCGAAACCAUACAUAAGUCACUUGCGGCCAUCAGGCCGUACCACACGCUUCUAUUUCUAGUGAAUGAAGGAUACCUGGUAGACUCCCUCCCUGGGGAUUGUUCCCCAGCAGUCACUAGGCUUGUAAGAAUGGCCAGUCCGCUCAAGAGCUUUCAAACAUUAUCACAGGAUACCGAUAUUCCACUAUCUCAGGUGUUUGCCAUCGCAGCUCAUCUGGUGUACUGGGGAAUGGCGACGAUCAUUUACCCUCUCUGCGAGAGUAACGUGUAUGUCGUCGCACCAGACUCCUCCACUAGCAUAUUGUCUCCUCUGGUGAAAGAGUUCACCGCACGCUUUCCUGGCAUGUCUUUGUUCAACGUCUUAUCAGAGUUCUCAUUACCAACUCCUCUCAGUGAACAUAACAAUCCGCUGGGUUUACCACAGCAACAGGCUGAGCAAGUGCAAAUGGUUGUGUGGAUGUUGCAACGAAGGCUGCUGAUACAGCUUCACACUUAUGUGUUCCUGGUACCUACCGUCCAAUCUGACCAGUGGCCUGAUGUUAAAAACGGAGGCCUGGGUCGAGGAGGCCGCAGGGUACGCUGGAUAUUUGGUGACAGUUUCCCGGAUGAUCUGUCGUCGUUUGCCGCUGACCAACAGGAACCGAACGAAAACGAAACACAUCCCGAAUUAGAAGAGGAACUUAAGGGUUUGACAUACGCCGAAAGGAAGAGUGUGUUACAAGUGCCGGCUGCAUUAGACUCGGAAGAUUUAAAGUUAUUUACUAGAUUGACGCCUUAUUUUCGAGGAAACCAUCACCUGGAGGAAGUGAUGUAUUACGAGAAUCUGAGAAGAUCCCAGCUUCUGACACUUAUAGAGAAGUUCAGGGAUGUCCUGUUCUCUUGCCAGCACGAAGACCCAGUCACGUUGUAUUUCUACAACAGAUGACAUUGAAUAUAAAAGUUCAAGUGAACAGUGAAGAAGGAGAUAUGGGAACAUUAAUAUGGAACGUUCACCAGACCGACGACAAAUGACAUGACUUGGCCUUGCUCUGCCUGGCAAAAGUGACCAAACGUGUGACAAUUGAGAAAUCAAAGCUAUUUUUCUGUCAUCCCUAAAACUAUCUCAGUUAUCCCUUAUCCCUAUAAUUAUUUAGUCAGUUAUUCCUUAUCCCUAAAACCCCUAACAGGGCCUCGAAUAUGUUCAAAACAUUAACACUAGCAGGUCUGAAAAUAACCUAAAAGUAAUAAAAGCAUUCUGAAAAAGUUAGCUAUCUUCAGAGUGCUGAAGGCAGUC